CUGCUGCACAUGGCCAACCUCGUGCUGGCUGCGCCCUCUCUUCCCCCCUGCCUCCCACCCUCCUACACCUAGCAGCACUAUAUCUCAUCUCCCCGUCGCGGACUACCUACUCGGCUGGCGGCCAUACCUCUACUUAGUUUAUACCCGGAUCCCCUUGCUUUGCGCGCGCUAGUAGGAGAGACUAGUCGCCGCCGCCAUAUGGAGGACUACGGCGGCGUGGCGAGCCUGGUGGCGUCCGGGGUGGUGUUCUGGUCGACGGCGUUCCUGCUGCUGCGGUCGUUGCUCCCCAAGCGCUCCUACGAUUUCUGCAACCGCGCGGUCUCCACCAUGCACGCCGUCACCGGCGUCGCCCUCGGCUGCCUCUCCGUGCAGGACUGGGCCUCCCCCGUCUCCCCCGUCGCCUCACCCUCCUCGCCGCGCCAGAUGAGGGCGCUGGCGGUGACGCUGUCGUACAUGAUCUACGACGGGGCGUGCUGCCACCUGAGCGGCGACGCGCGGCUGGACAACGCCCUGCACCACCUCAUCAGCAUCGUCGGCCUCGCCGCCGGCCUCGCCUACCAGAGGUGUGGGACGGAGCUGGUGGCGUGCCUGAUCGUCACGGAGAUCUCCAGCCCGCUGCUGCACCUCAGGGAGAUGCUCAAGGAGAUCGGCGUCAAGGACACGGACCUCAACCUCCUCGUCGACAUCCUGUUCGCGGUGACCUUCUCGGUGGCACGGAUGGUUUGCGGGACGUACGUCACCUACCGCACUGUCACGGCUGACAAUCCCAUCCUCAUCAAGGCGAUGGCGACGAGCUUGCUGCUGGUAAGCGCCUACUGGUUCCUGAGGAUCCUCAGGAUGGUUAGGCACAAGAUUGGGAAGAAGAGGCUGGCGUCCAAAGCCGCCAGCAAGUGAUGAUGCGAUAACCUGUGUUUGCGCAAUCAUCGUUAAAAAUGCAGAUCAUGUACGCGUAGCACAUUAAUUCUUAAGUAAUUGUCUGAUGGGCAAAGGAUGUCCCAAGCAAGAGAUGCAUGUAUUCUAUUCUAGUAGCAAUUUCAGUUUCAUUAAUUAAUGUGCAUGAACUGUUUCACUCC